AUGGAGACAGAAUCAACAAAUACUGGGGAGUCGACAAAGCCGUCCACCUGUAGAGGUUGCUGUCACAAAUACAACGCAUUUCCAGCGAUAGUUCACCAUUUGUUUGAAAAAGCUUUUGGCUGGCUGGGCAAGACAGUAGCUAAACAUCCAUGGCCAACGAUAUUAAUAUGUCUCGUCGUCGUGGGGGUAUGCAGCGUUGGAUUUAUGUACCUCCAAAGCGAGAAUCGGGUCGAGAAACUUUACGUUCCUCCCGGAAGCACCUCUGUUAAAGAUCUCGUUAAAGCCAGUCAGUUUUUCAAACAGAUGAACGCGAGAACUGAAACAGUAAUUUUUGUCCCUCGUUCUGCCGCAAAGAACAUUAUUUCAAGGGAUUGUCUUCUCGAGAUCCUUAAUUUACACAACGCAGUCAUCUCCCUAAAAAGUUUCGAGAAAUUUUGCAUCAAGAAUACAAUAACUGAGGGUCAAGCGAAGUGUGUUUAUAUUAACCCCCUUGAGAUAUUUAAUUUCGAAGAAAACAGCUUGUAUAAUGUUUCUAGUAAGAUUGGAGCGGCUUAUUACUCGCGAGGACAACUUAUGGCAAACGGUAGACCCGUGUAUAUGAAUUUUGGACUUAUGUUUGCAAAUCCAGUUCUGAAGAACCAAACGCUUCAAAGCGCAGAUGCAGUGCAAGUACAAUACUACAUAAGUGACGAGGAGGAAGAUUAUGAAGCAAUUGUAGAGUGGGAAGAAACGUUUAUCAAGAAAGUUAUGGAACUUAAAACAGGUUUAACGUACACUGAGAUGUAUUACUCCGCGGAGCGAAGCUUAAGCGAUGCGACAUCUGAGAGCACUGGCUCUGACAUUACUCUCAUCAGCAUCACCUUCACUCUGAUGAUCACAUUCGCUUGUACCAUCUUGUUGAAGUUCCGUAAUCCCUUGACAGGGCACGCGUUGCUAGGCAACCUCGGGAUUCUUGCAGUUGGGCUCGGGAUCCUCGCGGGACUCGGGCUCGCAAUGUUUGUGCAGACCCCGUUUAUAAGUAUUGUUGGUGUUCUACCGUUUCUCAUUCUGGGUAUUGGUAUUGAUGAUGUCUUCAUAAUCAUUGAUGAGCUAGAUCGUUUAGACUACACCAACUUGAACGUCUUGACAACCGUUAAGGUUGUCAUGUCCCACUCUGGUGCGACCAUCACCAUGACAACGCUGACCGACCUCGUUGCCUUUGCGGUCAGUACCUCGACCCAGUUUCCCUCGAUCCGAUACUUCUGUACAUACGCCGCCUUGACUAUUACAUUUUCCUACCUUAUGAUUAUAACAUUCUUCGUGGCUUUCUUGAGCUUUGAUGUCAGGAGGAUUAAAGCAGGACGAAGAGACUUUCUUCCUAUUUGUCGCGCUCCUCCAGUAAAGGAAGGUAGUCCAGCUUGGACGCGACCUUCGCAGGUAAUUUCCAGCAAAAUUAUGAAAAAGUGGGCCGAAAUAUUAAUGUUGCCAGCUGUACGCGCAGUUGUGGUGGUACUUUCGCUGGGUCUUCUUGGAGUUAGUGUUUAUUACGGUUUAAAAAUCAGCGAGAAUUUCGACAGGCGUCUCCUGGCGAAAAAGGGCGCGCAAAUCAUCGACUUCCUGGACACCCAAGAUCGAUACUUUGAAGGAGCGAUUCCAGUUAGUUUGGUCAUUAGUACAAGAAUCAACUACGAAGACAGCGAUGUACAAUCAGGAAUUCUCAAACUCUCUAAAAUUGCAACGGAGAAUACGUAUUAUAUGAACAGAACGCUUUCUUGGAUGGAGUCUUUGAGAUCGUUCGCAAAGUCAAGUGGAUUUAAUGUUACUGGUUCUAGUUUUCUGCCCACCUUGAAGGUCUUUCUUGGGGUUCCUGCUUAUGCGCAUUUCAGACAAGACGUUAUUUUUUCAGAUGAUAACACGACUAUUUUAGCGUCUCGUGUUCUGUGUUACAUGAAGCCAAGCACUAGUUCGAUUGUCCAGAAAGAUGCUAUGCUGACCAUUAGAGGUGACCUAACUGCAGACUCAGAUUUGCCUGUUUAUCCGAUUGCUAAGGUUUACAUUUAUCUCGAGCAGUACGCCAUCACCAAAUCAGAGACAACUCGUAACAUUGCUGUCGCCGGCGUGACAGUCUUCGUCAUCACUUUACCAUUCCUACUCAGCCUCACCGCUUCCUUGAUCAUCUUUUUCGGGUUUGGCGCCUUGAUUUUCGAACUCUUUGCUCUCAUGUACUUGUGGGAUGUUUCUCUAAACAUGAUUUCGACUAUUAACCUCGUCAUGGCUAUUGGUUUCUCUGUGGAUUACAGUGCGCACAUUGCGCAUGCGUAUGUAUUGUCCAGUGAGCGUCGACCUGAAGAUCGAGCCAUUCAGGCGCUAAGUACCAUGGGUGCUAGUGUAUUAAUGGGAGGCACAAGUACCUUUAUAGGAAUGAUCGUGACGGCGUUUGCAUCCUCACAGAUUUUCAUCAUAUUCUUCAAGAUGUUUUUUGGCAUCGUAGUGCUUGGUUUGCUUCACGGUCUCUGUUUCCUACCUGUCUAUUUGUCCCUUCUCUGUCGGUGGGCUCCAAUAAAGAAUAAAAAGAAUAACAAUAAUGGUUCGUUCAAGAAUGGAGCAGUUGGUACUGACGGCCAAACUUAUGAUCCCAGUACAAAACUAAAGGUCUUUACACCAGAGAAACCCGUCCACGGCAGAAUAGAACCGAUCUUUUUAUCUUCUAAGUCCCAGGCCUCUUGGGAUCAUGAAUCCUCAAACAUAAAUGCUGAACUCGACCACAGGUAGCCCAUGAGAAGUAAUAUU